AGAUGAUGAGUGGGAGAAGCACAACCUUUGUGUCAUGUUUUGCAUUUGUCACUAUCAUCCUUCUUGUUUCUAUUCCUUUCUCCCAAUCACAACCCUCUGCUUUGAUAGACCAAAUAUGCAAAAAAACACCCUAUUAUGACCUCUGCAGCUCAACCUUAAAAUCAAGCACUCUUAGCCCAAAUGCUGAUCUCAAGGAGGCAGCACAAGUAAUGGUGAAUGACAUUCUGGCAAAGGCAUCUGACACACUGAAUUUCAUUCAGGGGCUGGUCCAGAGCACCAAAGACCCCAUAUUGCAGCGAAAAUUGGGUGUGUGUGCUGAGGAAUACGUCCCAAUUGUGAAAUACACUCUCCCACAAGCAGCUGCUGCUAUAAUGAACAAAAAAGAUUUUAAGUUUGCCAGUUACAGUGUUUCUAAAGCUCUGAAGGAUUUGUCUACCAGCUGUGACAAGAAUUUUGGCUCAGCUCAGUCACAAUUAGGGGAUAGAAACAGCAAUGUGGAGAAGCUGCUGCAGGUGGGUCAGGCCAUAAUCCAACAAGGAAUACAGAUGGUUUUGAUUUUGUAAAAACCAUGACUCUGUUCAGUGUACUCUGGAGUCUGGACCUGCUCUUUAUAAACCAUAUACACAAUGUUGUUACGUUAAUUAGUUACAUAUAAAAUGCAACUUACAUCAAUAACAAAAAUAAA